CCUUUUCUUGAUAAUAUUUUCGGCAAAGUUCCAAUCUUUUUUGCUCAUAGGCAUUCUACUUACUGCUAUGCAGGUAUAAUUUUGGCGUUGCUUGAAUUUCAGAGUGGAUUGAAUUAGUUUGUACCAUGGCUUUAACAUUUUUCAGAGGGAUAAAAACCUGCCCCUUAGUCCACUAUCCAUCAGCAUAUUUUGCAAGGAAAAAUGGGUUUUUUUACUGCACUAUGGGAAGCACGCAAACCCAAUUUGCUACACAAGAAAAGCAGCAAUCUGGUGAUUCAAAAGUUGUACCAAAAACCUACAGAAAAUCACCUGAUAAGUUGUUGAAAGACUAUGAGGCAAUCAUAGGGAUAGAGACUCAUGUGCAGCUUAACACUUCAACUAAGGCAUUUUGUGGCUGCCCUUAUAGUUAUGGGGCUCAACCCAAUACUAGCAUUUGCCCUGUUUGUAUGGGGCUGCCUGGGGCAUUGCCAGUUUUGAACUCCAAGGUUGUAGAAUAUGCAGUGAAAUUAGGCCUUGCCCUUAACUGUAAACUGUCUAUGGAUUCGAAAUUUGAUAGGAAACAGUAUUUUUAUCCUGACCUGCCAAAAGGGUACCAGAUAUCUCAGUUUGAUGUUCCAAUUGCAAGUGGUGGUUAUGUUGAUGUUGAUCUUCCUGUUGAGUUUGGUGGUGGGCACAGAAAGUUUGGGAUUACCAGGGUUCAUAUGGAAGAGGAUGCGGGGAAGUUGCUUCAUACUGGCACUGGGAAUUAUUCUCAGGUGGAUUUGAAUAGGGCUGGGGUGCCAUUGCUUGAGAUUGUUUCAGAACCUGAUAUGAGAACUGGUAUUGAAGCCGCAGAAUAUGCUGCAGAAUUGCAGAGGUUAGUUAGAUACUUGGGAGUUAGUAAUGGUAAUAUGCAAGAAGGAUCACUGCGUUGUGACGUCAAUAUCUCAAUCCGUCCAAUUGGGCAGCAAGAAUUUGGUACAAAGGUUGAGAUAAAAAAUCUGAACUCAUUCUCAUCAGUUAGUAGAGCCAUCGAUUUUGAGAUUUCAAGACAAGUGCAACUUCACAGUCAAGGUCAGGCUGAUCAAAUUGUCCAGGAAACUCGUCUUUGGGAAGAAGGCGCUCAGAAAACCAUUACAAUGAGAAAAAAGGAAGGACUUUCCGACUAUCGUUACUUUCCAGAGCCUGAUCUUCCCGGAGUUACCCUUACUGAGGAAUAUCUUGAUGGUAUUCGGAGUUCUUUACCUGAGCUUCCAGAAAUAAAACGUCGGAGGUAUGAGAAUAUGGGUCUCAGCAUGCAGGAUGUUCUGUUCCUGGCCAAUGACAUUAAUGUUGCAGAAUUUUUUGAUGCAACAAUAGCAAGUGCGGCUGAUAUUAAGUUGGCCGCAAAUUGGAUAAUGGGCGACAUAGCUGCAUACAUGAAAAAUGAAAAGUUGUCCAUCAGUGAGAUCAAACUUACUCCUCUGGAGUUGGGUGAGCUUAUUGCUUCAAUUAAAGGUGGAACUAUCAGCGGAAAGAUUGGCAAAGAGAUAUUAUUUGAACUAAUGGCCAAGGGCGGGACAGUGCAAGGAUUAAUAAAAGAAAAGGAUUUGGUUCAGAUUGUAGACCGCAGUGAGAUAGAAAAAAUGGUGGAUAAAGUCCUUGCUGGUAAUCCAGAGCAGCUGAAACAGUACCGUGGUGGCAAAACCAAGCUACAGGGCUAUUUUGCGGGCCAGGUAAUGAAAUCAUCAAAGGGCAAGGCAAAUCCAAAACUUUUGAACCAGAUACUUUUAGAAAAGUUGAAUACCGAAACUUGAUGCUCUCUAUCAGAUGGUUUCUCACGGCCAAUGCAGCUACAAACAUAUCCAUCCCUCCAAUUUCACUUCCUCAUCCUGUUAUGUAGUUUCCAAUGCGUGUGAUUGGACGACCACAGACAAACGUCCUCCUUGAAACGAAUGUGACUCGAUAAGGGUGUUUUAAUUGCGAAUUGGAGGAUGGAAGCUUGAUAUAUUCUAAACAGAUUUCUUUUUAGUAAUGCUUCAUGUAUCUGCUGUUGGCUACAAGUCAAACUAAUGUGUUAAACGGCACAAGAAGGAUGAAAUUGUCAUCCCUGAGGAAGACUGGCACAUUAGCCGGAUUAUUUCAGUUUUACUGACUUCUUUUUUAUAUCACUGAAUCUUGUUCAAUAUUUGAUACAGCAUUUGUCACUCUACAUUUGUGAGUAAACUGCUUCGACAAAAAGCUGUUGUUCUUUGGAUGGAUGCAGUCACAAGCUUGUAAAUUUACUCUAAAUUCAAAGAUUCAGUUCUGCAUAAACCUCAGGAUUUGAUUUCUUGUGGAGCAUGUAUAUUAUUGAGGUUGCCUUUGAAUAUCCCCCGAGGCUACCUCUCCCAAAAGGCAAAUCCAUCGCAUUACGGUGCACCUAAUAAAAUUAUUCUAAUAGAAAAUCAUAUUUUUGUUGUUA